AUGGAUGCGGUUAAAGAUGUUUUGGCGAGUGGGAAGAUCUGUGUGAUUGACAUUGAGCCAUAUGCAUUAGAGUCAGUGAGGACUGCGGAGCUGAGGGCGCAUGUCAUCUUUAUAAAGCCUCCUACUGUUGAGCAGAUGAAAUGCACACGAAUGAACUCGCAUAUCAUCACAAGUGACUACACCAGCCAACCUUUUAAGGAUGAAGAUUUUCAGGAGAUAGAAGAUGCAGGACGCAAUAUGGAACAGCAUUACUGUCAGUUCUUUGAUCAUGUGAUAGUAAACGACGGCCUGCAGGCAGCAUGUGUGCAGCUGCUGACCGCAGUGAGGAGAGCUCAGGAUGAACCGCAGUGGGUACCGGCUGCAUGGAUCAGACCAACUGACCAGUCUUAAUAUGAAGAGCUCAGGGAUACUAUAGGAGAGUGGAUGGGCAUUGACAUGCAAAUAAACUUUUUUUACACUUUUUUUUGGGUGAGGAUAAUGUGUUUUGUCUGCAAAAUGUUCGUCUGAAUGCAAAAUAUGUUUACAUUUUUUUCAGAUGUCAAUCUUUUCUUCGCCCUUGUGAAAAAAAUCAAUAAAACCUAAACAUUUAUUAAGCUCUCCAAAAGAGAUUUGGUAUUUUUGAGCACUCUUAAUCCGUUUUAAACCGUAUUUGAUUGUGAGGAUUUUCAGGUCUGGAGUGACAAGGCGUUAAUCAGAAGAACUGAACUAAGGUCACUUGAGUUGAUGUGUUAAUGGAACAGUGGUAUUUGAAAGAAAUUAAA